UUUUAGGCACAAACACAUGGCCUUGUUUGUUAUAUAAUGCAGGCCGGGGGUGCUUUUAUCUUGCUUGAUUGACGGGGAUAACUCCCUCGCUCUUUCUCUUGCUCUCUCUCUCUCUCGCACGCUCAAUCAGAGACACUCGGAAAGCAGAAUCCGGAAGAACAUUGCUAGUAUCGUCCUCUGAUUCAAGAUUCGAUCUUCGAUUGUGAUUUUGAUACAUCCGUUUCGGCAUUUCCGAUCUUCUUUUCGUUACUGCGAGAGAAUUAUAGAGGGAGGUUUGGUUAUUACUGUGGUAGCAAGGGCGGCUCUAUGUUUCUUCCUUACUUUGCCUUCUGUUUCAUCAUUUGAAAGAAUUAUUGGGGUGGCGGAUUUGGAAUUUAAAGUGGGCUCUGAACCACCGACUCCUAGAGGGGUUACUAUGGUUUACUGAUGCAUCAGAGUGUGGUGGUGAAUCUGCUCAGGGGUGGAGCAGCGGUAGAACCUCAUCAUACUGUUCAACUACGAAAGCUCUGCUGCUUCUCCGUAAAGCGUUCCUGUGAUUUGGGCACACACGUUUUUUACCGGAAAGAGGUGGGAGGAUGUCUCGGCCUCUUCAGCGGGGCAGCCGGCGGGUCUCCGAUUGCGGGGAUCCGAGCAAUUCGCAGACGAUGGACAGAGGCGAGAAGGAGGUCAUGCAGAGGGCUCGAUCCUUGGGUGGUCCUCUCGAGAUCGCGUCUCUGUUGAAGUUUUGGAGCAGGCGUAGUAGCUUGCCUGUUGGUGGCGACGACGAUCACGGGAAGGCGAAUUUGAAGGCGUUUGCGGAAGGGAACGGCGUUGGAUCUGAUCUGAAGGAUUUGCCGUUGCCGCCGAAUGCGCCUCGCGGCCGGCACAGCUUGUUCCUCCAAAUUCUUAAAUCUGGUCUCGUCUUGCUCAUUCUUCUUGCUCUUUGUGGUUCCUUUUGGUGGACGUUCACGAUUUCGUCUUCAUCGUCGUCGUCCUCGAGCUCCAUUGGUUACAGAGGUUAUAGGCGGCUUCAAGAACAAGUCAUGGAGGAUUUUUCAGAUAUUGGAGUUCUCUCACUUGGGCUAGCUAAGAUAAGAGAACUGGAGUUUUGCCCUCCGGAAUUAGAAGACUACGUUCCCUGUUUCAAUGCUACCGGAAGCUCGGAAGAAGGAUCUGCAGAGGCCGAGCAGUAUGAAAGAAAAUGCGAUCCGAAGUCAAAGAACAACUGCUUGAUCCUCCCACCAAAGGAUUACAGGGUGCCACUGAGGUGGCCUACUGGGAGAGAUGUGAUAUGGAGCAUGAAUGUAAAAAUUACACCCGAGGAGGUCGUUUCAUCUGGUAGCUUGACGAAAAGAAUGAUGAUGUUGGAGGAUAACCAGUUCUCGUUCCGAUCUGAAACUCCUUUUGUCGAUGGUGUUGAAGAUUACUCACAUCAAAUAGCGGAAAUGAUUGGGUUGCCAAACGAAGCUUACUUUGUUGGUGCUGGUGUUAGAACUGUUUUGGAUAUAGGAUGUGGUUAUGGCAGCUUUGGUGCACAUCUCUUUUCAAAGCAGUUAUUGACUAUGUGCAUUGCAAAUUAUGAGGCCUCUGGAAGUCAGGUUCAGCUAACACUUGAACGAGGUCUUCCAGCAAUGAUUGGUUCUUUUGGUUCAAAGCAACUGCCUUAUCCAUAUCUUUCAUUUGACAUGGUCCAUUGUGCAAGAUGUGGAGUGGAUUGGAGUCUGAAAGGUGGUGUUUUCCUUAUUGAGGCUGAUAGAGUUUUGAGGCCUGGUGGCUACUUUGUCUGGACUUCACCAAUUACAAAUACUCACAGAUCAGUGCGAAACAAAGAGAACUUGAAAAAAUGGAAUUAUAUUCGUAAUUUUGCUUCCAACCUGUGCUGGGAGCUUCUCUCACAACAAGAAGAAACUGCUGUGUGGAAAAAGACAAACAAGAGGGAUUGCUACACCUCUCGGGAAAUUGGUACACGGCCUUCUAUCUGCACCAAGGGUCAUGAUAUUGAAUAUCCAUAUUAUCGAUCACUUGUCUCCUGUAUAGGUGGAACUCAGAGUUCCCGGUGGAUUCCUAUUGAAGAACGUACUACCUGGCCAUCUCGUGCUAAACUGAAUUCCACGGAACUUUCUCUACAUGGUGCACGCAGAGAUGAGUUUGAUGAAGAUGACGUACACUGGAAAUCAACAGUCCGCAAUUACUGGUCUCUUCUGUCGCCUCUCAUAUUCUCAGAUCAUCCAAAGAGGCCCGGAGAUGAGGAUCCUUCUCCGCCUUAUAACAUGCUUCGAAAUGUAAUGGACAUGAAUGCUCGUUUUGGAGGAUUUAAUGCUGCAUUGCUGGACUCUGGAAAAUCUGUGUGGGUCAUGAAUGUGGUCCCUGUUGCAAAUCCGAAUUAUCUUCCUCUCAUCUUAGACAGAGGAUUCAUUGGUGUUCUACAUGACUGGUGUGAAGCAUUUCCGACAUACCCUAGAACCUAUGAUAUGUUGCAUGUGGAUGGCCUGUUUUCACUUGAAAGUGUGCUCCAACACAGAUGCACUGUAUUUGACAUAUUCUUGGAGAUGGACCGCAUCCUUCGGCCGGAGGGGUGGGUGGUCCUCCAUGACAAGUCUUCUAACAUUGAUAUUGCUAGAUCUCUUGCCACACAGAUGAAGUGGGAUGCUCGUGUUGUAGAGAUAGCUAGUAAUAAUGAAGAGCGGCUCCUCAUUUGCCAAAAGCCUUUGAUUAAGAAACUGCCGUGGUCUUGAAGUCUUUUGCAUAUUUAUUUGUUUUCUUUCUAAACAUUUUGGGCAAGAUAGAAAAAAUCAUAUGCCAUCGUAGUUAAACAUCAUAAAGUUCCACCAACGAUGAAAGCUGGGAAGCACAGAGAAGAAAGAAGGAAGGACUUGACCGGGACAGAUUUGAAGACAUUUCGGUGGACGCGACUCGGAACCCGAGGAACCGUAAGGUGUCCUCUGGAGUGUAACAUGAGCUGUUGAAAGAGCAUGAGAAAGGGUACUGGGUACUGUAAUCUUUCAUUUUACAAGGGUACAGGAAGCUCUUGAUAGAUUAUCAGAUUCUUAUCAAAGUCACUGAAUAAGGAACAAUGUAGUAAAUUCAUAUGUUAAUGAAUGAUAUUCGUGUA